AUGGGUAUUCGCAACGUCCUCGCCACGGCCAUCGCCGGCCUGCCAGUCAUCCAGGCUGCUAUUCCCAGCAUCUCAGGAUUUACGCUGACCUGGGGUGACGACUUCAUUGGUUCCGCCAACAGUCUUCCCAGCACAUCAAACUGGAUCAUCGACACCGGUACCUCUUACCCGGGUGGCCCAUCCAACUGGGGUACAGGAGAAAUCCAGACUUAUACCAGCAGCACGAACAAUCUGAAGCUCAACGGGAAUGGGGCGCUCCAAAUUACCGCAAUCAAGAGCUCGUCCGGUGCUUGGACCUCUGCCCGUAUCGAGACACAGCGCAACGACUUCGUUGCGCGUGCCGGGGGUAAGAUGAGGAUCCAGGCGAGCCUCAACCUGCCCAAUGUUGGCAGCAACGGCAUCGGAUACUGGCCGGCAUUUUGGACCCUGGGAAGUGCGUACCGGGGCAACUACCAGAAUUGGCCCUCUGUCGGAGAGUUUGACAUCAUGGAGAACGUCAACGCCAUCAACCGCGUCUGGGGAGUAAUGCACUGCGGAGUAAACCCGAAUGGCCCAUGUCGAGAGACUGACGGCCUUGUGGGCUCGCGCGAGUGCCCGGGCAGCCCGUGCCAGGGCAACUUCCACACCUACACCCUCGAGGUCGACCGCACCCAGGAGCUCGAGGCCGUGCGGUGGUUCGUCGACGGCACUCUUUUCUGGCAGAUUGUGGAGACCGACCUGCCCGCCGACACCUGGGCCCAGGCUGUCCACAACCCUCACUUCGUUUUGCUCAACCUCGCCAUCGGCGGUGCAUUCCCGAAUAACAACUACGGCAGCGCCACUCCGCUGGCCAAUACUGUCAGUGGGGGCACGUUGCAGGCAGAGUACAUCGCCGUCUACAACGCCUAG